UUUGAACCGGAAGAGAUACCCUUGCUUUAUAUCACAGAUCGUAAGUGAAAUGACGACCACCUCGUUCGAUCUUUACUUAGUUUGACCAAGUUAUAUUUAAAACUUUUGACUCGGAAUCGAAGCAAGGAUUCUUUUGCUAUUGUGAAAUGAAUUAUACUAUUUUCCCAUCGUGAGUGAACAAUACAAAAUGCCUGCGAACUUUAAAACGCUGUACCCACAGUUAAAAAGCUCCCUAGCAGCUACCGCUAGCUAGCAGCUACUGCUAGCUAGCAGCUAAAAACGUCUGCCUUUUACUGACGAUAGCUAGUUACUGUCGCCGCUGUUAUCGCCAGUCAACGUUACAUGAGUAAAUGAUUUUGUUUUUUAAUGUUAAGCCCCAUUUUUGCCACGCAAAGGCACACUUUGUAUCUUGAAUUUGGAGCGGAGUGAGCGCUUCUGUCCUUCAUGGCCAUCAUACGUAACAUUACGACAACCUCUGGAGUGUCCUCGACCAAUCGCAGCUGUCUGGUCAUUUUCAUUGAGUUUUGCUGAGUUUAAUGGAUCAGCGUGGACACGAGGAAUAAAGAUGCUGCUCAGCAGAUAACAUGAAGAUAACCCGUGGCUGUGUGGUGGUGCACCGAAGGUUAGCGUGCUCCCAGUCUCCCGCUGUUCGUUUAACGGUUCACAGUGAAGUCAACGACGGUUACCGCUGCAGGAGCGUCCGAGGAGACACGCUGAUGAUCUGGAGUCACGGCUGUGCUCCACUUUGAAGGUAGUUGAGAGAAAGAGAGCCUCUUCUUACAACUUGUUGGACACCAUGGCUCCACAUCCAGUGAUGCAGGCCAUCAUCGACCUCUCUGCAGGAGCCGUAGGGGGGGCAGCGUGUGUCUUCAGCGGUCAGCCUCUGGACACAGCCAAAGUCAAGAUGCAGACUUUUCCCACUCUCUACCGCAGCUUUGUCCACUGCAUUGUCUCCACCUACAAACAAGUGGGUCUCCGUGGGCUGUACCAGGGCACUUCACCGGCCCUCAUGGCCAACAUCGCCGAGAACUCUGUGCUCUUCAUGAGCUACGGCUUCUGCCAGCAGGUCAUUCGCUUCGCGGCCGGACUGGAACGUGAAGCUGCACUGACUGAUGUGCAAAAAGCCUGUGCUGGAUCUGUAGCCUCCAUCUUCUCCUCACUGGUUCUCUGCCCCACUGAACUGGUCAAGUGUCGACUGCAAGCCAUGUAUGAGAUGGAGACGUCUGGGAAAAUCGCUAAGAGUCAGAACACAGUGUGGUCCGUGGUGAAGUCCAUCAUGAAGAACGAGGGGCCACAGGGCUUCUUCCAGGGUCUGACCACCACCAUAGCCAGAGAGGUCCCCGGUUACUUCUGCUUCUUUGGGGCCUAUGAACUUUCCCGCACUACCUUUGCAGAUUACAUGAAGUGUGACAAGGAUGACAUAGGUGUGGCUCCCAUCAUGUUCAGCGGGGGCUUCGGGGGGGCCUGUCUGUGGCUCAUAGUCUACCCCAUGGACUGCGUCAAGUCCAGGAUCCAGGUCAUGUCUAUGACCGGGAAACAGGCCGGCUUUUUCAAAACCUUCAUGACCAUCGCUCGAAGUGAAGGUGUGAGGGCGCUAUACUCUGGUCUGACCCCCACCAUGGUCCGUACCUUUCCUGCUAACGGAGCCCUUUUCCUUGGCUACGAGGCCAGCCGUAAACUUAUGAUGAAACAGUUUGACUCCUAAAACUAACAAAAAGUAACAGUAGGCAAAAAAUGAGUUCUCCAGUGGUAGAUUUGCAGCUAAACGUGUUUUUGGGGGUGGGCGUGGGCGUGGGGGGGCUUCUAUUGUUUUCUGUGUUCAAUUCAUCAGACACACUCCUGUUUGGAUUUUAAAAUAGUUCUGACAUCAUGUUUAUGUCUUUUAAAUGAGAUCAGCCUAUUUUUAGAUUGUUCAGAUCUUUGUUUUUAAGAAUUAGGUAAAAAAAAAAAAAACACUCCGCAGUAGUUGCACACAAACGUCUGUCUACCUCAACAAAGUCGUAUCAUCACAGACGUAUUUUUAUCUGACAUUCUGUUUCUGCUGAAGUACCAGUUAGAGACGUUCUGGCACUGGUUUAGAACCAGCAGCAGAAAUUAACCAUUUCAUAUCGUUAAUGGUCAAAUUAAAAAAAAAAAAAAGUACAAGUAAGAAGUUAAGUUACAUAUUUUAAUAUCACAGUUUAAUAUCACAAUUUCUGAAGGUUUCUUUUAAUGUGCCUCAAAUGUUUUUGUUUGUUUUUACUCUACCAAUAGUCUGAGAAAAGCUAAAAAUAUGUUUUGCUGAAAAAAAUGUUUUGCUUAGAUUUUUAAAUGAGCUAGACUGAAUUUGCCAAGAGAUUUUAAUUUCACUCUACGACAGUACAGGGGCAGCAAUAUGAUAUACUGCGAUUUAUACUGUGAUGGUAUAAGCACAACGAUAUAUUGAAGAAAAAACGCACACUAAGAUCUUCUUUAACAGCCACAUUCUAAUACUUGACCUCACUCCAUAUGUUGGUGUUGUUUUUCUGUUCCUGUGUUGACGCUCCUGUUGCCGUUAGUAUUACGACUAACUCGACAUUGUAACGUGUUAGCUAAAUUAAACGUGUCUGUAGAACUA